AUGUUAGAGCACUUGGCAGCUAAUACGUGGAAUCAAGGAGAUUCUAAUCAGAGUAUUGCUUCUGGACCACCCAUCCAGUUUCGACAAGUUGCUAAUAAUAAUGUAGAAGAAACGACGGUAUCAGUGAAAACGGAAGCUGGCACAACAGAACCAACCUGUGCUGGUUGCGGUCAUGGAAUCGUGGACCGGUACUUGAUGAGAGUACGCGAUGAGAUGAGAGUUGACAGAAGUUAUCACGAAGACUGCCUUACAUGUGCCGCGUGUGGUACAAUUUUAACACAAUCUUGUUUUAUUCGAAACCUAAAACUUUAUUGUCGUGCUGACUAUGAACAAAUAUUUGGUGUCAAGUGCGCGCGGUGUAGUAUUAGGAUUAGUGGCAAGGACCUUGUGAUGAGGGCUGCAGAUUUAGUUUUUCACAUACAUUGUUUCGGAUGCUGUAUGUGUGGGCAACCCUUACCCACGGGGGCACAUUUCAUCCUUCGUCAAGGUCAACCUGUUUGCAGGCGAGAUUUCGAGCAUGAGAUGUACAUCAAUAGUCCGCAAGAUGACGAAGGUUUGGAUGAGGUUCGACCACGUGAUGGAAGGCGGGGACCGAAACGACCGAGAACGAUAUUGACGUCCUUGCAAAGACGCCAGUUCAAAGCAUCCUUCGAAAUUUCGCCCAAGCCCUGUAGGAAAGUUCGAGAAGCUCUCGCUAAGGACACUGGUCUCAGUGUUAGAGUUGUGCAAGUUUGGUUUCAAAAUCAACGUGCCAAAAUGAAGAAACUUCAAAGAAAGGCGAAAACCGAAUCUGGCUCAGACAAGGAGCCAAAGGAGGAACGGAAAACCGAAAGUCCACAUAGCGAUCAUAGUCAUUAUAUGAGUGCUUUGAACAUGCGCGAUGGAGAAUCUUCCAAUUUUUCAUCAGCUACGCAGCCUCUGAAUCCCAACAACCCUUACUCACCAGACGAUAACUACCCAGUGCAUUCGGGCGAGAGUUUCUGCAGCAGUGAUUUGUCCCUCGAUGGAACAGAAGCGGGGUUUGAAAUUGCAGAAAAUGAAACCGGCGGUCCAGAAAGUAGUCACCAGGGAAGCUCACAUUCCCUUCACACGGGCUCAUCCCAAGAAUCACCUUCGUUGUCACAAAGUUUACACGCAGCGAUAAACAACCCCAUUGACAAAUUGUACAUGAUGAGUAGUAAUUAUUUUAGUGCUGACCAUUCAUAA